AUUGACACAGUCAAAACGUUUUCAAUAGUGACUAGUAAAAAUGACAAAUUGCAAGGUUUAUUCCUUAAGUGAAAAGGCUUGCACAUCUAAAAAGUAUCGAAAGAAAGCUGGAACUAAAAUUGCUGUUAUAUUGCUUUUUAUGAUGGUCUUUGGAGUUUGUAGUUGCUUGCUUGUCAUUUAUAUUAAGAUGAUGGACGAAGUGCAACACGUCAUGGAAAAAGUGAAUAAUUUGAGCAGAAUCUUAAGUUCAUCAAAAAUUUUCAACUGGAAUAUCACGAGUAUAGACCAAAAAUCAGUCAUAGAUCUUGAAAGAAUGCAAGACAAAAUUGCUGGAAAUAGAAGAAAUUUUCUGACCAAUGGUCUGGAAUUAUUCAAUGAUGCUAAUUCAGGAGUGACUGCAGUUCAUUAUGUGCCACACGAGUAUCACGACAUUUAUCAGAAGCAAGGAAUAACAUGCAAAGGUACCUGCUGUUUCGUCUGGUCAGGAACUUUCUGCGCGAACCAAACAUUUAUGAUAAAUGAUCCUCUUCAUGGAGUCAAAUUCUUCAAACCUUCACCUUGGAUGAAGUCACAGCAUAUUGAGGAAGUUGAACCUCUUUCACAAAGCCAAGCUGACACAAGUUCCUUCACAGUGACUAAGUCUGGUCUACAUCUUUUGUAUCUCAAUGUUUUGAUCCAGGCCACUAAAUCAUCACACGACAUAGCGAUCUACAUCGACAGCAGUCGAAAGCUGGACUGCCGAGAAAGCCUCGACUACGUUAGAUCUAUCCCCUCCAAUCCUUUUAUGUACUCCAAAGGAAAAACCUGUAGUGUGUCUGGUGUCUUCUUCAUACAGCAGGGUAGUCAGCUCUCUAUCAGAUUCCUGACAGCCAAUACAGCAGUCAUACUUAAACCUGAAAACACAAACUUUGGAGCAAUAUUGCUUAAAACGUGA